UUUCUUCCUGUCCGAGCGCGCGCGAACCUCACGGGCUCCCGGAGUUCCGGGCGCCAGGAGGGAAUGUGGCGGCCGCGGGACUGGGCCCAGUGCCGCACCGGGGCCGGCCUUGGAGUUCUCCCGCGUUUCUCCAGGCCUCAGAGCUGAGACCUGAAAUCAGAGCGCGGGGCGGCGCGGGCCCCGGAACCCCCGGCAUGGCAGCCCCGGAGACGGCGGGCGCUGCGGCGGAGGGCGCGGAGGCGGCGCCCUGGGCGCACCUGGAGGCCCCGGUGCGCUUCCUGCUGCAGGCGCUGCAAGCGGGGCCUGACGGCGCGCGGCGCGGCCUGGGUGUGCUGCGGACGCUGGGCGGCCGGGCGCGGGAGCCCUUCGACUGGGGCCGCGUCCUCGAGGCGCUGUGCCGGGAGGAGCCCGUCGUCGAGGGCCCGGACUGUCGCCUGCAGCUGAAACCGCUGCUGCUGCGAUUGCCCCCGUUAUGCCGGAGAAACCUGAUGUCCUUGCUGAUGGCUGUUCGGCCGGUGCUGCCUGAAAGCAGGCUCCUCCCUGUGCUGCAGAUUGCACAGCAGGACUCGAGCCCUGACCCUGACGUCUGGCUCCGGGCCCUGGCGGAAUUGCUGCGAAGGGAUCUGGGUGGUGGAGUCUCCACGGAGGGAGCGUCCCCACUGUCCACAAGGUGCCAGAGACAGCUCCGAGGCCUGUGUCGGCGGCUGGGCCAGGGGGGCAGGAGGUUGAAGUUGUCCCAGGUUCCAGACCCUGAAGAGGAAGAAAAGGAGGAGGAGGACAAGGGCUCCCAGCAGCCCGGGAAACGCAGAAAGGAGCCAGAGGAGGAACCUGCCAGUCCUGAGGGAGAGAGGGCCCCCAAAAGGUUCCGGCGUUUGGACAGGGAAGACGGGGAAGGAGAAGAAAGCCAGGAGGAGGAGAGACCUGAACAUGAAGCUUUGGAAUUCCUGGCAGCUGGAGAAGGCACAUCACCCAUUGAGGACCAGCCUGUCGCAGGGGCUGAGCCCAAUGAGGCUGGUCAGAGUCUGGAGGAUGCUAAGGGCCUGGCUGAGAGUUUGGAGUUGCCCAGAGCUAUCCAGGACCAGGUUCCCAGGCUGCAGCAUCUGCUCAAGACCUUCGGGGAGGGGUUGGAGGGGUUGGAGGGCACCCCCCCGGUCGAGCUGCAGCUUCUUCACGAAUGCAGUCCUGGCCAGAUGGACCUGCUCUGUGCCCAGCUGCAGCUCCCCCAGCUCUCGGACACAGGUCUCCUGCAGCUCUGCACCUGGCUGCUGUCCCUGUCACCAGAUCUUAGCCUCAGCAAUGCUACUGUGCUGACCAGGAACCUCUUUCUUGGGCGAGUUCUCUCCCUGACUUCCUCAGCCUCCCGCCUGCUCACGACUGCCCUGACCUCCUUCUGUGCCAAGUAUACCUACCCUGUCUGCAGAGCCCUCGUUGGCCCCGUGCUCCAGGCCCCGGAAACAGGUCCAGCUCAAAUAGAGUUACUGUGUUGCCUUAUGAAGGAUGAGGCCCUGGAGCCAGAUGUGCAGGUUCUAAUGCUGGGACAGAUCCUGGAGCUGCCCUGGAAGGAGCACACGUCCUUGGUGUUGCAGUCGCUCCUGGAGCGGCAGGUGGAGAUGACCCCGGAGAAGUUCAAUGUGUUGAUGGAGAACCUCUGUAAAGAGGGGCCAGCGGCCACCACAUCCCUGGCCUAUGCCAAGCUCGUGCUGACAGUAUUGACCAAGUAUCAGGCCAACAUCACUGAAACCCAGAGGCUGGGCCUGGCUGCAGCCCUCGAGCUCAACGCCACUUUCCUGAGGAAGUCCCUGCAGGCUGCCCUCAGACACCUGGCCCCCUGACCAUCCACCAAGGGACUGCCUCCUGGAGCUUCCUCACCAGUUUUCUGAAGGACGCUUCUGCCCUCAGCACCUCCCCUUGACCCCUGGCCUGGGGGUAAAGGCUGAGCCUGCCAUCCCAGGGAUCCACGGCCUCCCUGCGCCAGGCUGCAGACAGGCCAUGUUGGCCUCCCAGCCAGCAGGGAGGGUCCUGGGCUAAGGGGGCUGGAUGAGGCCAGGGGCUGCUGACGCUGGGCUCACUCCUUGUCACUUCUACCUCAGGCUGCAGGGGCAGAAACUUUCCCAUAGGCCUCAGUAGGGUCAAAGCAAACCCAGAGUGGACGAGUGAUGCUCCAGGAGCCCUGGGGGACCCGUGUGCUCAAGUGUAUGUUAUGAUCCUCUAUUCUUGUUUCGGACUUGAAUAGUAGUUUAUCAGUAGUAUUUAAUAAAAAUCAGGAAGUUCAGUAGUCUUAUUAGAA